AGGCAGUCGUGUCUUUCCUCGGGCAGAUGCAACAUUUUGGCGACGAGCAAUAUGCCGAAGUUUCACAACUUCAAGCCGGACGAGGAGACUUUUGAGGACUUCCUGGAACGCUUCAAUAUUUACGUCAGCAUUAACGCGGUAAAACCAGAAAGUAAGGCUGCAACGUUUUUGAACUUCCUGGGUAAGACAAGACGUUAAAGAACUUAUUGGUUCCUCACCUGCCUGCGAGCAAAGUCAUUUGAUGAGUUGGCCUAUCCUGCCAUCACCCCCCCCCCCCCCCCCAUUUGAUGAGUUGACGGCAGUUCUGAAGAAACACUAUUCACCGUCGAAACCUGUGAUUGCGGAACGGACAAAGUUCCACAGAAGGCACCAGCAGGACAAAGAAAGCUUGGCGGACUUCGCUGUUGUUUUAAAGAAGCUGGGGAACACGUGCAAUUUUGGACAGUUUCUUGAUGAGUCACUUCGGGAUACGCUUGUCACCGGGUGUCGGGUUUACGACAUUCACCAGUCCUUGCUGGAGCUCGACGGCAGCUGCAAGUUCGAAGUCUUGUAUAAACUGGCUCAAGCCAAAGAACUGGCUAUGCAAGACGCUUCAUCACCCGACGGAUACGGCGACAGAAGACUUCCAUCUCCUUCGCAGUUCUCGUCAGGACGUUCCACAGAAGGCAACAACAGACAGCCGACCGAAUGCCCUCGUGGACCACUGUCUCUGCGACGGGAGCAGCAUGUUUCCUUAUGACACUCUUCGUCACGUUAAGCAGAACAGAGGCAGGCCUCUUCGGUGGCAGCAGUGGCAGCAGCGAGAGCAGCAUGCUGAGUCAAGGUAAAAGCGGCUGGGGUCCCCCUCCUUGGCAUCAUGGCUCUUCCAUCAACGACGUCUGGUCGCGGCGCCAAGAAACCCCCAACAAGCAAUUCGAUGUGCAAACUCUAACCAAUAUCAUCAACGUGGCGCGCUAUCUGCUCUCGUUUCCACAGAAAUGCUUCUACCGAGGCGGUGCCUACUCUUGCGGCUUCGGUCUCACUUGUUGGAUACAAGGCAAGCGACCCGUCGACCUCUGCAACGGUGGCGUUGUCUGGAGUUGCUGCAUUCCACGGGACGCAGAACCAUCAAAAGCUGGCAUGGUUGAGGAUGCCUUAUGCGGGAAAACAUACAUGCGAAACUCGAAAGUCGUUGGUGGUGAAAAUGCCAAGUUUGGCCAGCAACCAUGGCAGGCAGCCGUAGUAAAGCGAAGUUUCCUGUCACAGAAAAUAUCAUGCGGCGGUGCACUGGUGCACGAAAGAUGGGUAAUCACAGCUGCGCACUGUGUGGACAGGACGCCCGCAUCCAACCUUCGCAUUCGGCUGGGAGAGCACAGCAUACGUGACACAUCGGAGAGGUAUCCUCAUGAAGAAUACACUGUCAAGCGAAAAGUGGUCAACGAAGGCUUCGACAGGAGGAACUUCAAGAACGAUAUCGCAUUGCUGGAAUUAUCGCACCCGGUUAUAUUCAGGGAACAUAUCAUUCCAAUAUGCUUACCUGAGAAAGGAGAGAAUUUCACUGGAGACAAAGCCACUGUGUCCGGGUGGGGCAGACUCAAAUACGGUCAAUCGUACAUACCCAACAUCCUCCAGAAAGUAGACGUAGAAGUAUUGCCUAAUGAGAAGUGUAGGCAGUGGUUUAAAGAUAAAGGCCGCAGAGAACAAAUCUACGACACCAUGAUGUGUGCCGGAUACAAGGAAGGGGGAAGAGACUCUUGUCAGGGCGACUCAGGCGGUCCUCUAACAUUCAAGAAGAACGAACGCUUCGUUCUUAUUGGUCUUGUGUCUUGGGGCGUCCAGUGCGCCCUCCCUUCACUUCCGGGUGUGUACACGAGGGUGUCGGAAUACGUGGACUGGGUGAACAUCUACGUCAAGUAAGGACCUUUCGAAGAUGCCAUCUAUGAGAAGCCGCUUUUACUCCCUUCGAUCACCGCACUGCGUGGCGAUGCGCUGCUGAAGUGAGCAACGGUGGAUUUUCUUCCUACAAUCCUCUUCCUCCGUAUCGUCCAACUUCUCAAAGAAGAUGGAAAGCGGGACCUCCAUGUUUAGUCUUCAGGGUGCCCUCUUGGGAAGAAAUGUACAGCUGUGGAAUAUCUUCGUGUUCCACGAAAACUCUACUGUGUAAAUUUGGCCAGCUGCAAGGACAGCGUCCUCCUUUUUGUGGAUCACCGCAUGUGGCUUAGUUUUCGGCAGGUUUCUUCGGUUUCAUCUCUCAACAUAAUUGGUGGGGUCUUGCCACGUGACCCGUAAAGUCGUCAUAAAUGGUGAGCACCUUAAAGUCCGCCAUCCAUUUCCAUGUACAACCUCGUGAAAAAUAUUUGUCGCCAUAAGGGACGAUGUGUGCUGGUGAAUAAUGUGCUGACGUGAGUUUCACCGUCUUGAGGCUUCGCUUGUGCUUCGUGUUUCGUUCAGGAGAGGACAGCUGAAUAAACGUGUAUGAUGACGCAAGAGUCGUCGAUGAUAGGAACGUGCCUUUUG